GGACGAGGAGGAAGAAGAAGAAGGGGGGGAGGAGGGGGCCGUGACGAUGAAGAACGAUGACGAGAAAGACGAAGAGGACGAGGAGGACGACGAUGAAGGAGGAGGAGGAGGAGGAGGAGGAGGAGGAGGAGGCCCCGACGAGGGUGAAGGAGGAAGAGGCGGCGGCGGCGGCGGUGGCAGGAGGAGAUGGCCCCGAUGAUGGUGGAGGAGGUGGCCCUGACAAUGGUGGAGGAGGAGAUGACGAUGGGACAGGGAUUGGCGGGACGAGGGGGAAGAAGAGGAAGCGGGGGAGGAGGAGGCCGUGGCGAUGGAGAAGGACGAGGAGAAAGACGAAGAGAGGAUGACGACGAAGAAGGAGGAGGAGGAGGCGGAGGCCCCGACAGGGGUGAAGGAGGAAGAGGCGGCGGCAGCGGCAGUGGCAGCGGGGGAGGAGGUGGAGGAGGAGAGACGACGAGGAUGGGGAGGAGAAUGAGUAGGAGGAGGCCCUGACCAUGGUGGAGGAGGAGGAGUGUGAGGGGGCCGAAGUGAUUGGCCACCCGAUCACUUCGCCGACCCUCCCCGUUUUUUUUUCAAUCAAUCAAUCAAUCAACCACCCAACC